GGAAGUGAUACUGUGUUAUCUGUCAUUAUAUCAAGCAGAUGGCAUUGCUCUAUUUUUUUGUUAAUUGUCAAAAGUCCUAUAUUACACUUAUAAUUGGAUUUGUGUGCUGAUUGAUGCAAGACAACAAACAUAAACGGAUGGAAAGAAAAUCCUUAUUUUGACUUGGUUGCUUUACUAGCGACUUUAUUCUCUGUGGUUUUUUUCCACUGCAUCAUGUAACAGUAUGUUUGUUUUCGCUUUCCUUUUUUUGCUUUAAGUUGCUUUUGGUUGCUUCUCAUUUUUCAUUCUCAAUAUUAUGAGAUUUGCAGUCAGGUUUAAAAGUAUUUUAACAAGUUUUUUUGUAGUUAUCCUGACAACCUUUGUGCAUAAUUUCCUCUAGUUUUCUGUAACAGCAGUUGCUAAUGUUUUUGCAUAAACCACAACUUUCUAAGAUCAUAAACUCACCCAUCAUUUGUAUGAUAUGAGCUACUUAAAGCUUUAUAGGUUUUUUAGUUCCACCUCUCCAGAGCCCUUUAACCUUUAACCUUUAAUAACUUUGAUUCACAGCUCCUUAUCUUCACAUUAAUCCUAGCUCAUUCUCAACAUCUGGCAACAUAUUUUUUACGUGUGUUAUGAUGUGGUUAUAUGCGUAUACAUCCUCAGUAUGCCCCUUAAUUCAUAUAUCAUCAUAUGUUUUCUUCAGAUAUUGCUUGAAGAUAUGAAGAUAUCAGAACAACUGAUUGACCUGGUCUUUUAUCUGUUGUUUGUAGAUAUGUACUUACUACUUCGUAUCCAGGAAUCUCACACCAUUCCCAAUGACAUGGUUCUUCUUCAUGCGGCUCUCCUAGCUGGCAGUCUACAAUUGUUGACAGUCAUUGUUUCUCCACAUUACCAAGAGGUUGCUCAAGCACUGACUGCGUAUUACAAGGUGUACAUAUUCAAAGAGGCAGCAUUUGCUGCAGUUUGUGUAGAUGUCAAGUAUCUGCAGACCAACGAUUCAUCUAGAAGUGCAUCCCCUACUAGUGAAGAGACCUUGAAUCAUCUCUGGCAGCAGUGUGAUUCUUCUCUUCAAUUUCUACAGCCCCUGUGUCAGCAAAAGUUGUUCCGGGAAUGCAUUGUUAACAACCAGGUUAUUUAUAAGUCAAUUUGAGUCCCGAAUCGUUCGUUCUGCAUCGGAAGAUCAUUUAGUCCAUGUAAAACCUCUCUGGCUUAACCUAGCUUAACCUAUGGAUAUCAGUCAUCCUUUUCCAUAAAAUGUUAAGUGCAUCUGUUUUUAUCAUAAUCAUAUCCGUUGUCUUCUUGAUAAGUUUUUAAUGAAGUUUGUUUCUUCUUGCAGGAGCUUGGGAAGGGGUGGACUGCAGAGCAACUAGCUUCCUGUGUUGGACUCGGCCCUGAUGAAAAAAGGAGUAGCUCUACUUCUCAUCUUUGUAGUCGUCAAAAUCCUGGUCUUUGAGGAUUCUUGUAACUCUACUUCUCAUCUUUUUCGGGUGUUAUUCAAACCCGUAUAUACUCAACUUGAGAUGUUUCCUACUUAUACAUGAGUGCCUAGCUGCUAUUUUUUCUCAUUCAUGCCUGAUAUGUUGAAUUUUAAAGAGAAUUUAAAUGUUAAUUGACAUGUUAUGAUUAAGAGUAAAUUUUCGAGAGGUUGUCUGUCA